ACUACAAUCAGCGACGUCACACAGAAACACCUUGGUCGACAACUUCUUCCCAAGGGGGUAAGUCAGAGAUCGGACAGUGAAGCCGACCAAAGCCUGCAUGGAGGGAUCCAUGUAGGCCCAAAAAUGACGUCAAAACCCUGUGACACCCCGUCGCACAUGAGAGAUGUAACCGUAUUGCUUAGAUUAUAAAUUCUCGGCAAUCUCAAAAAAACUAUUCGGCGAUCAGUGACGCUGCUUUGUUGUUUGACAGAUGAGCCUCGUAGGUGGGCUGAUUAAAAAGUGACGAUCCGAGUCAGACAAACCAUGAGACUUUUUGUUGGCGCAUUUAUACAACUACCAGAAUUACGGUGUUUCUGCUGUUGUUCUACAUCAUUAAAACAGGGUUAUGCUGCGCGAUCAUGCGCAGUAGACGCUGGUGCCAACAGGAAGUGGCCCUGUAGUAGUAUUUUAUUGGUCCAAAACUGGCUUCACUGCUCUCCAUUCAAAUCAACGUGGUGGCUUCGUCCAGUAAUAUACUGUCUAUGCUUCUUCCCCAACACUCACUUAAAGAAGUCGCUCAGUUAAAUCCUUUGAAAGGAAAUACAAGUAUCUGGUUAUGACAAAAAUUGAAACUUGAUAUAUGCAACUUGAUAAAUAGAACAAAAACUAUACACACUGACUGUGCAGUUAUUUGCAGAAAGUGGUUGUAGUGUCAGUCUGUCUUGUUUUUCAAUGAAGAGUGACUAGAUUAAAAUAAUGUCCAUAUAUUUGGCAAGAGAAAAAAAAUUACAAUAUGUCUAGUUGUUUACCUAACCAUAAAAAUACUAAUCAAUGGUUAUUGUCACUUUAAAAAAUGUAAAUUACUAAUGCAAUUUACAACAAGACAUAAACAGCUUCUACAGUUUUUCCCCCUCAACAACUUUAUUUGGCCUCAUACUACAAAUUCUUGUACAAGAAGUUGGAGUGAGGCAAAUGGGGAGAAACUGUUCAUUUUGAGAACAGUUGAUCUGGAGCUAACACUGUGAUAGCACUCAACAUGUUUCUGAUUUUAUCCUCCCUGCUGCUGAGUCUCCAUCACUAAAAAACGAUAAAGAUGAAGAUGUGGGAGGUGACGGGUUAUUCUAACAGACAAAACCCCAGCAUGUCUGUCCUCCAAGGUGUCUUCUCUCAGGUCCUCAGCUGGACGGGCCUCUGCCAGGUGCUGUUUGUGGUCAGUACUGGACUAGGAGCUGUGGUUAUCGGUUGGACAGUGAGGCUGUUGAUGCGACACGCCUGGUACACACACAGGCUGUCCUGCUUCAGCAAGCCACAUGCAAACUCCUGGCUUUUAGGCCACCUAGGCCAGAUGCAGAGCACAGAAGAAGGUCUCCUGCAGGUGGAUGACUUGGUGAGGACAUACGAACACUCUUGCAGCUGGUUCAUUGGCCCUUUCUAUCAUAUAGUCAGACUCUUCCACCCUGACUACGUCAAACCUCUAUUAAUGGCCCCUGCCAGCAUUACAGUGAAAGAUGAGCUUAUCUACGGUCAUCUGCGCCCAUGGCUUGGACAGAGCCUGCUGCUAAGCAACGGGGAGGAGUGGUCUCGCAAGAGACGGCUGCUGAGUCCUGCUUUUCAUUUCGAUAUUCUGAAGAACUACGUCGCAAAGUUUAACACCUCAACUAACACCAUGCAUAAUAAGUGGCGCAACCUGUUGGCAGGAGGCAGGGCUAACAUAGAGAUGUUUGACCAUGUCACCCUGAUGACAUUGGACAGUUUACUGAAAUGUGCCUUCAGCUACAACAGCAACUGUCAGCAGUCUAUCAGUGAGUAUGUGUCGGCCAUAGUGGAGUUGAGUGACCUGAUCAUAGACCGUCGGCAAAAGAUUUUACACCACUGGGAAUGGAUCUACUGGAAAACACAGCAGGGAAAACGAUUCAAAAAGGCCUUGAGCAUUGUACACAGGUUUACCAGGGAAGUGGUUCAGAAGCGGCGUGCCCUGCUCAGCCGACAGAGAGAGACAGAAAUAGAUUUCACUACAGCGCCGCAGAGAAAGAAAGAUUUUGUGGACAUCAUACUGCUGUCACGGGAUGAGGAUGGACGAGGACUAACAGAUGAGGAAAUACAGGCUGAGGCCAACACCUUCAUGUUUGCAGGUCAUGACACAACAGCCAGUGCUAUUUGCUGGACGCUGUAUAAUUUAGCACGCCACGAACACUAUCAGGAGAAAUGCAGGCAGGAAGUGAUGGAUCUGAUGCAAGGACGAGAUAGACAUGAAAUAGAGUGGGAGGAUCUGUCCAGCCUUCCCUUCACCACCAUGUGCAUCAGAGAGUCUCUCCGACUCCACUCUCCUGUGCAGGCUGUAACAAGGAAGUACACCCAGGACAUGGCACUGCCAGGGGAUUGCACAGUACCACAGGGUGCCAUCUGUUUGGUCAGUAUUUAUGGAACCCACCACCACCCUGCUGUUUGGACAGACCCACAUGAGUUUCUUCCUCUGCGUUUUGACCCUGCAAACACAGAGGGACGGGCUUCUCAUGCCUUCAUCCCCUUUUCCUCAGGCCCCAGGAACUGUAUUGGUCAGAAAUUCGCCCUGGCAGAGCUUCGAGUUGUCGUGGCGUUGACCCUGCUCAGGUUUCGCCUGACCCCGGGAGUGAACCCUGAACUUGGGACCAGCUCUGAAGGAGUUCGCCGGCUCCCCCAACUAGUCCUGCGUGCAGAGGGAGGUUUGUGGCUGCAGCUGGAGUCUCUGAACCUGCACAACCUGGAGGAGUCGCAGGAUGAAUAAUCCAACAAGAUGACAUCUGUUUUUAUAACAAUGAGUUCAGUGGAUUUAUGUUUACUGUAUUUUUUCUAAAAUUAUUUGUGACCUCUAUUUUCUACAAAGCAAUUUGUUAGUCUACAUGAUUAUUUUAUUAUAACUUUAAAAAUUGAAUGUGAUAUAAGUGAAUGUACUAUUGCAUAAUGUGAUAUCCAUUUUAUUGUUGUAACAAUAACAUUACUCAGCAACUUUUUUACUGAGUUAAGUUUGGUUUAAAUAAAUCCUGAGGUAGAAAAUAAAUGUAUUCCUCAUCCAAACGCUCUGCUGGGAGACAGAGCGACUUUUGAGGUUACAACACAGGUUGUAAAAACAUGAUUAUCUGCAUGCCCGAGACUAGACUAGGGCCUGAAUUAUUGAAGACAGGUCAAGCUAGGGCCACAUUUUCAGGCCACAGUCUUACACUUAAUGUAAAAUAAAUAAAAGGAAUUACCAUAUUAGCUAGGGGUCUGAGACACGUGAUUUAAGGACUCUUAAUGAAAAUAUUUGUGAGAAAUGCAUUAUAAGUUGCUGAUUUUUAGGAUUUCACUGUAUUUAACUUGUGAGAAAUUAACAUUGGUCACAGGGUUUUUAUUCCUAAGCAAAAGGUUGUCUGAUUUACAAUAAACAUCUGCUGGCAUGUAGGUGAGAGUUUUAACAUAGACCAAUCAAGAGACAGAGAAACAUCUGAUGCCACAUACAUUUGCAUUUCCUUUCUUAGCUCAGGAAGAGUUUUUGAGUGUAUGCUAAUACUCUGCCAUUUGUUCAUCCUUCAUCUACCAUUUGCUGGCUGUUGUUUGCUUUGUACUUGUUCUGUACUUAAGGAGAGGAAAUGCUGAGUUCGAGAGAGUAACCCUGCGUUCUCUUCAUGGCCAUGUUACAUAAAGAAAUGAUUCAACACA